CCGAGAGCCGUCCUCCCGCCCACCCAACUCAGGGGCGUGGCGUUCCAUUUUAACCAAUGAGAAAAGAGACUGGUUCUCUGACCGCACGCGUGGCUUGAGAAGGGGGUGGGGUCGAGGAGGCGGAUACUUUAGCAAGAUGGCGGCGAGGGGCCUCCGCCGAACUGGUGCCGCUGCCGGCAACCUCGUGAAGCCCAUUUUCAGUCGGGACAUGAACGAGGCCAAGCGGAGGGUGCGCGAGCUGUACCGCGCCUGGUAUCGGGAGGUGCCGAACACUGUGCACGUAUUCCAGCUAGACAUCACUGUGAAACAGGGACGGGAUAAAGUCCGAGAAAUGUUUAUGAAGAAUGUCCACGUUACAGACCCCAGGGUGGUUGAUCUUCUGGUCAUUAAGGGAAAGAUGGAACUGGAAGAAACAAUUAAAGUAUGGAAGCAGCGGACACAUAUUAUGCGGUUCUUCCAUGAAACAGAAGUACCAAGGCCAAAGGAUUUCCUGUCCAAGUUCUAUGUUGGCCACGACCCAUGAAGUCACUUAGUGGAAAGGUGCAUGUUGCUAUUUCAUUAUUUUAGAGCACAAAUAAAUUCAUACGAUGGUCACUUCAUGAUAGAAUUCCAUCAGUGAA